UUAUUGUAUAAAGAAAACAGAAAACCCCUUCUUUUCAAACUUUUCUACCUAUCCAAUAAACUAUCUCUUCUCCUGAUUUUAGGACCGAACAUCAUCAAACAUGGGAUCUUGCUCCAAAAUAGAAUCUUUGCCACUAGAUUGCAUUUCUGAAAUCUUGUCACGUGCAUCACCAUUAGAGGCAUGCUUAUGUUCACUGCUCUCCUCCACCCUUCGCUCAUGUGCCGACUCCGACAUGGUUUGGAGAAGUUUCUUGCCCUCUGAUCACGAGGUCAUUGUCUCCAGCGCCGUCAAUCCUUUCUCGCUCAACUUCUCUUCAUACAAACUUCUCUUUUAUUCUCUUUGCCAGCCUCUUCUCAUUCACCACGGCAACAAGAUAUUCAGAUUGGAAAAAUGUUCAGGUAAAAAAUCUUUUAUCAUAUCAGCAAGGGAACUGGCAAUAGCAUGGAGCAGCCACCCUAUGAUGUGGUGCUGGAAACAACUUCCUGAAUCAAGAUUUGCGGAGGUGGUGGAGCUGAGAACAGUAAGUUGGUUAGAAAUAGAAGGGAAGAUGAGGACGCAGAAUCUAACGCCAAACACGACAUAUGCGGCGUAUCUGAUAAUGAAGGUCUGUGAUGGCGCAUUCGGGGUUGAGUUUGUUCCGUCGAAGGUAUCGGUUACUAUCGGAAAGAAAGUGCAGAGAGGGAGAGCGUAUUUGGGUUGCAAAGAUGAGAAGAAGUGUAAGAUGGAGAGUCUGUUUUAUGGGAACCGGAGAGAGGUGAUGGGAAAGGCGGCGUUUGGAGAGGAAGAUGAAGUGAUUUCGAUUCCCUGGAAAAGAGAAGAUGGGUGGAUGGAGAUUGAGCUGGGAGAGUUUUUCAUUGACGAAGCUGAUGAAGAAAUAACGAUGAAUCUCAGGGAAGUUAGUUAUCAAUUGAAAGGAGGAAUUAUCAUUGAAGGCAUCGAAAUUAGACCCAAACAUGCUCCUUGAUUUUUAUCAUGUUUUGUUGUUUUCGAAUGGUUCAACCGUUAUUCCCUUCUUCAGUUUA